UAUGCGACCGACGGGCUGAUUUCAUAACGUGAGGAGGAAGAGAGGAAUGGGGCUUUGAGCUCGGAUCAACAGCAGCAGACCCCGGCAGGCUCCGUGCACCACCGCUGAUCUGUUUCCUCCCGGGCCAUGCAGAAGGUGCAGUAGAGGAGAUGCGGUAGUUGGAGGCUGCUGAUGCUGCGGUCCGAUCAGCUGUUAUUUGCGUCUUGAGCAUCAUCGCCGCGACGGCCACAGAGAUAGAGAUCAAGCUCCUGGAAGCCAGGGACACCGCAGAGCGGAUCACAGAGGAUGGAGUUCAAGCAUCUGGUGGAGGCAGCGGAGAAGUGGUGCUCCGGUAACCCGUUCGACCUCAUCUUCGCCGAGGAAGACGACGAGAGGCGGCUGGACUUUUACGCAGAGCCCGGCGUCUCCUUCUACGUGCUGUGUCCCGGCGGCACCGACAGCUUUCAUGUGUGGAGCGAGAGCGAGGACUGCCUUCCCUUCCUCCAGCUGGCCCAGGACUACAUCUCCUCCUGCGGGAAGAAGACUCUGCUGGAGGUGCUGGAGAAGGUCUUCACGUCCUUCAGGCCUCUGCUGGGUCUUCCAGACCUAGAGGAUGACAGCUUCGAGCACUACCACGCUGACAUGGAGGGGGAACCUGGGCCCGACCACCAGCAGAUGGGGGUCAGCCAGCAGUGAUAAUCCCCAGGAAGAGAGGCCUGAGCUGGGGUUGAGCUCCUCCAAAGCCCCCCCGCCGGGUCUCCGCACAUUAGCCCGAUCACUUAACAACACACACACGCACACAUACACAUACACGCACACACACAUACAUACUGAUAGUCAACUCGCUAAAAAAACGCACCACCAUGUUCUUGAAUGUCUCAGUGGCUUUUGCUUCCCAAAGAGUGCACUUUGUUGCACUUUGUUGACCCCCCUUAAUCAACACGCACACACACACACUUAUUUUGGGGCUACGUGAGCAGUAGCCACGUACAAUGCAAGUACCAUAAUCAUUCACUAUCUGGUUAGUUAAAGUUCCACAGCACAGCAAUAUUACAUCGGCCGCAGCUGGCUUUUGUUAUGCAGAAAUACAGUCAGAUGUUACCGCAAUACACACUUACCCCCCUCCCCCAAACCAACACCCCCAUGCUGUGGAGAUGAAUGUGGCAGAUAGCCUCGUUUCUGUUGACACAGAGGAUACACGAGAGAUGAGUGGGUUAAAACUGACGGUUUGUGGCCACAUGAGGCAACUGGAGUGACGCAAGGAGGGAGCAGCAGGUAUCAUUUUUCCACUUUACAGAGGGAAAGGAGGCGGGAGCCGAGCGAGGAUAUGUAAUUGUGACGUUCAGGUGGGGCAGCUCUCAAACGAUCCUCUUUUAGACACACACUUAAAAAUAGUCGUAUAGAUAAGAGACAAAAAGCAUUUUACACAGUCGCUCCUCAUGUGGAAGUGUGCAGCUUUACAGUAGCAUGGAUCCCUUCUUUUCUGAGGUGUGUUUGUUAAUGUUUCCAAGGCAGUACACCUCAAAGUCACUUUAUGAGGAUGUUUUAAUAAAUGUUACUAUCAUAUGACCAUCACAAACAAAAGGCCCAUGCUGCAGCUUAAAGCCCUUCCCGGUUUGGGUGUCUCAUUGUCACAUGACACCUGAAUUCUUGUAUCCCGUAGUCUUCCUGGUUGUUGAUGGUUCACAGUUUGCCCUCCUUUUCUCAGCACAAUCUGAGGAGAUGCCUCCCUGAAGCUUGCCAAAAUCUCUCUUCCCUGCGUUGUUUUAUGAACUUAUCGUCUCAUUUAGCAGUCUCCCCAAAUCAUAAAUCGAAUAAGGGCACACCCAAACCCCUGAGUGAUAUCACAGGGAGGAGAAAAUAUUUGUUGUCAGCCUCCCCCACCGCCUAUCUCUCGCCUGCCCACCCUGUAAUUUCUAAUCUUGCUGUGUUGUUGUGUCACAUCCAGUGCACUGCAAUGCUUCAGGCCUCCCUCAGCCACUAGAUCCACACGCAGAACCUCUUUAAGAUAUUUUGCCCAUUUACUUUUGGCUUGUAAAUGUUUGUCUUUCCGUUGCCUCUUUGAAUGUUUCUCAUCCAGUGUAUCUUCUGUUUGUCCUCUGAUGUGUGUGAAACUGGUCAAUAAACCGUGUGAACAGAG